AUGGGUGCAAAUUAUCCAUCGGCAUUGAAACGUUUGUGGACCUGGGCAAAAGACGCCUUGAGUGAUGGUCAAACAGUUUCUUUUGAGCUAAGCGAAGAGGCUUUUGGAUCUACGAAGAAGCGAGCCAUUUUCGUAUCUGAUAUACACGCGGUAUGCUCUGGAGGGGAAAUGUUAGGGUCUGUCAUUUGCAUUUAUAUGAAUUGCUUGAAUGACUAUGUGCAAAAACAUAAAAUGGCCAACUUGAUAGCAUUCGUAGAUCCAAGCACGAUUGGUGCUCUUGGCUGUGGAAAUGUUGCUCAGAGAUCGCGAGCACUUGCUUUGCGAUUUAAGGAUGCUAGGAAAGGCCAAUGCUUUCUCAUGCCGAAACACUGGACAUUGACGGUUGCCAAUCCCGAGGCAGAGAUUGUCUAUCACAUGGACCCUCUGAAACUACGCAUUGCCAAUGGCGAAUGGGUAGAGGUUGUUGAUAAUGCCAUCAAGUUUUAUAAAGAGGAUCAGAAGAAGGCUGUUAAGAAAGAAAUUGUAUGGGAGAACAUGGCGGGAGUUCCGGUGCAGGCAGGGACUAAAGAUUGUGGCCUCUUUGUUAUGAGGUACAUGAAAAAAAUAGUUCAGGACAAGGAUCUUGACUUCGCAAAUAAGUGGAUGCGUAGGAGCAACUUGGCGUAUACACAAGAUGACAUUAGCGAAAUCAAGAUUGAAUUCGCUAAAUAUUUUAUGAAACGUUAUGCAUCUUAG